GUCGCCGCCGCUCUGUGUGGGCAUGUGGCGCGUGGCUCCCUCUAGCGGUGCGCGCCGCCAGCGAGCCAAGAGUGCGGCGCUGGGCACAGACGGCCGAGGGGAAGCGCGAGGCAGAGCAGAGCCAGACUUCCACAGUCCUUCCCCUCUAUGAGAAAGAGCGUCGGAGAGGAGCAGCGACAUACGGCUUCGUGUCUGCGCGGCGGCGGCGGCGCUCAGUGCUCAGCUGCGAUCCGCCCGAGCGGCGGCUGCCAGCGUGGACCAUCAUGUCCCGACAUGAAGGUGUGAGCUGUGACGCGUGUUUGAAAGGAAAUUUUCGGGGCCGCAGAUACAAGUGUUUAAUCUGCUAUGACUACGACUUGUGUUCCUCGUGCUAUGAGAGUGGUGCCACGACGACCAGACACACUACAGAACACCCGAUGCAGUGUAUAUUAACUAGGGUUGAUUUCGACCUGUACUAUGGCGGUGAAGCAUUCUCUGUGGAGCAGCCGCAGUCUUUCACGUGUCCCUACUGUGGGAAAAUGGGCUUCACGGAAACAUCGUUACAGGAACAUGUGACCUCGGAGCACGCAGAGACUUCCACAGAGGUGAUUUGCCCGAUCUGUGCCGCGUUACCGGGUGGUGACCCCAAUCAUGUGACAGACGACUUUGCCGCCCAUCUCACACUUGAACACAGAGCACCUAGAGAUUUGGACGAGUCAAGCGGCGUGCGGCACGUUCGAAGGAUGUUCCAUCCAGGGCGGGGCCUCGGGGGUCCUCGCGCCCGCAGGUCCAACAUGCACUUUACUAGCAGUUCGGCUGGGGGCCUCUCCUCUUCUCAGAGCGCCUCCUAUUCUCCGAGCAACCGGGAAGCCAUGGAUCCCAUCGCAGAGCUUUUGUCGCAGCUGUCUGGCGUUCGGCGCUCUGCGGGGGGGCAGCUGAACUCCUCGGGGCCCUCUGCGUCGCAGCUCCAGCAACUGCAGAUGCAGCUUCAGCUGGAACGGCAGCAGGCGCAGGCAGCUCGGCAGCAGCUGGAGACGGCACGCAACGCCUCUCGGCGCUCCAACGGUAGCAGCGUCAGCACCUCGAUCCCGCAGCCGAGCGUCGCCGCAAAUGCAGCGCUUUGCGACAGCAAUCCGCCCACUUCCCACAGCUCCCAGUUCCUCCUGACCCGGUUGAAUGAGCCGAAAAUGUCUGAGGCGGAGCGGCAGAUCCUGGAGAGCGAGCGUGCCGAUCGUAGCCUCUUUGUCCAGGAGCUGCUGCUGUCCACGCUGAUGCGGGAAGAGAGCUCUUCGUCAGACGAAGACGAGCGCCGAGACUUCGCCGACUUUGGCGCCAUGGGCUGCGUGGAUAUUAUGCCUUUAGACGUUGCCCUCGAGAAUCUCAACCUGAAGGAGAGGAACACGGGGAAGGAGCCGCCUCCAGCACCUCUUUGAUGUCGUCCCUCAGCGCAGACACUGUCCUCUGUGCUGUAACUGCCAACAAGUGGACGACACCUCUCCCUGGGUUUGUUUUUCGGUGAUUGUAACUGCAGGUCUCUCUGUCUCCCUUGUUGCAUUGUGUACGCUCACGAAGAUGAGAGGGCGCAAGCGUAGAAGUAAACGCGUAUAAAAACACGAGAGCUGGAUUGUAUGCGGAGCCGAUUAAUGCCGACUUUGGUGGUUCAGUGCCGUCAGCAGUGGCGCGAGAGGCACCUUCCGCUGCCCCCUUGAGCAGCUCUCCCGGAAAAUCCUUCAACACUGCAGAGGACACCAACUCUCCUCAAAGAAGCUGCUCUGUGUAUUUAUGAAUAUUAAUGAAUAAAAAGUGCUUGGAUGGUUUACCGUAACUACUGCAUGAUGUCAUUUGCAGCAUGCAUGAGUUUUAAUGACUCUGUCAUUAAAAUAGGAAAAAAUGCCCCAAAGCUUUCUUUCAGCAUUUUAAGGGUUACUUGAACGGGAAGUACAACAAAGAUCAACAAACCGAGGGACUUCUUUCUUUAUUAUUAUUAUUAUUAUAUGGGAACCUGCAGUCGCUACUAAAAUGUGCAGUGUUGUCAUCUCACAGCUCCACUCUGUCCUGUGCCCCCUUCUUACUGCUCCGUGUGAUGUUGCCGUAUGUGGCGUCACCACAUGUGACAUCACACGUGGCCUCUUUUCACUUCACCAGCCUGCAGGUCUGGCAUCAAUCUUCGCAAAAACAUGCAAAAUUACACGAUGGAACCAAGAACCUGGAGAGUUCCUGUGUUUAAGAGGAAACGAUGAUCAACAGACAGGAAAAAGGAAGAAAAAUCUUGCUUAUAUUUUCUGAAAUAUUGUGAUGUUUUAGUAAUCAACUGUUAAGCACCCAAUGUAGAUUCUCAUUUAUGCACUUGUACAGACGACCUGCUCGGUCCAAGCUUGUACUGCUCCUUUCUACAAGGUUUUCUCCUCUUAAGUUGUUAGCUGAGCCCUUUCCAAACCCACAGCACUUGAGUUGUGCGCUGUGGAUGAAGAACCGCAGGCUUUUUCGCCAUUAUCCCCUUUUCUUUUGAAGAAAGGCAUUCUGGUUUUUUCUGUUGGAGAUAGCACCUUCUAUUUAUUCUGUUUUUUUAAUUCUUGUAAUGACUCAUGCCACCUCCAUGCCUAUACUCUUAUCCUCUAUGUAAAAUACAAUGAGAUGUAUAUUGAAUUUGUGCGUUAACUUUCGUAAUGGUUCUAGGACAUGGGCAAAUUUUCAUUUUUUAAUGUAAAUUUAGAAUACAACAAUAAAACUGCG